GAGGGAACAAGAUGGCGGGCUAAGCACAUGUACAUUUCUCCGCUCUCCAGCACAUUUUGAGAUUUACGUUAACAUUCAACUUUAAAACAUCCAAAUUUUUGCGUAUUAGCGAGUACUGGACUAUGUCAGCAAAAAAAGCUUCCAAUCACCCCAAAAUAGUCAUCCCUGGACAAAAAGGGAUGACUGUAAAAACUUCGGCUCUCGCCGAGCACGAAUACGUCAUGGAAGUUGACCACGUCGAAAGCAAUGAGAAACGCAAAGAAUCUUCCUCCUUGCAGAACACUCCGACCAAAGCCCCGGCUAAGAAACAGAAGGGAGACGAAACGCCUGAGAUUUCCAACGUCGCUCUCCUGGAAACCAUAGUCGCCAGAUUCGAUCUACAAGACGGAAAGCUGAGCAGCAUUGAGCAUAAGAUUACUGAGAACAGUCUAAUGAUCGUCAACCUGACAAAAGCUGUGGAAUUCAACGCGGCGGAAAUAAAGGACUGUAAAACUAAAAUAAACUUGUUCGAUAAACAACUCGCCUCUGUUGUCACUUCGCACGCAGAUUUGGUAAGCCGCACGUCGGAGCUCGAACGCUACAAAAGACGAUGGAAUCUUCGAGUAAUCGGAAUGAAAGAAAUUGCAGGCGAAGAUAUCCGAAGAGAAGUCGUCUCACUGUUAGCUGAAAUUGCUCCUCACCUGCAGCACAAACUUGAAGACAUCGUGGAUUCAGUUCACCGCAUUGGCUCCAAAACGAAGGAUAAAUCCAGGCAGGUGAUCAUUCAGUUCAGCAUGCGGAAACACAGAGACGAGUUCUGGCGAUCCACCAAAGUUUCGGAUGUCUGCAAACUAAGGGGAAUAAAGUUCACCGAAGAUUUGUCAAAGGAAGACCGAGAAGCCCGCGCUGCACUCUGGCCGAGGAUCAGUGAGGCUAGAGCUGCAGGGAAGAAAGCCUACUACCGAGGUCCUUAUGGCUACAUAGAGGGCACCCGGAUUGUCUAGGACGGUUGAUUUCAACUACCUCGUCCACAUUUGUUUACCUUAAGUGUUGGCAUGAGGUAAACACAUUCCAACCUUGAUGACGUGAAGUUCUGGACGAGUCAGUGGGGGGACAAAAUCAUCUUCAGCCAUGCUUCUACACAUUCUGCAGGAGUGGCAAUACUGUUCAACAACCUGCCAGGCAAAAUUAUAAAGGUAGAGACCGAUUCAAAUGGCCAUUGGGCUUCAGUUGUUAUAAAUAUUAAUGACGUUUUGUUUAUUUUAUUCAAUGUGUAUGGGUACAACAGUGCUCCCCUAAAUAACAAACUACUUACUGAAAUUUCUGAUUCUCUAUUCGAGUUGAAACUUGUGUACCCAACUGAUAAUAUUAUUAUAGGAGGUGAUUUCAACAUGGUUAUGGAUGAAGCGUUAGAUCGUUUUCCGCCCAAAUUUAAUACCUCUCAUCCUAAUGUUACCCUUUUUAAUUUUUGUUUGAAUAAUAAUGUAGUGGAUGCUUGGAGAGCUGUGAAUCCAAAUCUUAAACAAUUUUCCUGGUUCAGAGAUAAUGGGACUUCCAAAUCGAGAAUUGAUUAUUGGUUAACCUCAAAUAACCUAACCGACUUCAUCAAAGAUAUUUCAAUAUCUGCUGCUCCUCUAACUGAUCACUGUUGUAUCUCUAUAUCAUUCAACUCGGGUAAAAGAGAAACACAUAAUAAGGGUUAUUGGAAAUUCAAUGCUGAUUUAUUAAAACACCAAAACUUUUGCUCACAAAUUAAAUCCAUAAUUAAUGAUAUAGCAUUGCAUAAGGACCUAAUUACAUUCAUAAGUAAAUGGGAAUAUUUAAAACACAAGAUUCGGGAAUUUUCUAUACAAUUUAGUAAAAAUUUAAGUAAGGCCAGAGCACAAAUGGAGUUAGAAUUAACAAGAGAAUUAAACAAUUUAUGUAAUAAAAGUGAAAUGGACAAUGAAGCUAAAUUACAAAUUUUAUCCUUGCAAUCCAAAAUUGAUGAUUUAUAUACUCAAAAAGCUAAAGGAGCAUAUGUAAGAUCUAGGGCAAGAUGGAUAGAGAAAGGGGAAAAAAGUAAUAAUUAUUUUUGCAGACUUGAAAAAAGGCGACAGGAAAAAAAUGCCAUAAAUUCUCUUUAUGUGAACGGUGUUAUAAGUACCUGCCCUAAAAUGAUUUCCUCAGAGAUUUUUCAAUUCUAUAGUUCUUUAUAUAGCUCAUUCUUUUCUGUAUCAGACUGUAAUAUUCUCUUUGAUAAUAUACACACUAGCAUACCGCAGUUAGACCAGGAAUUUAAAGACUUGUGUGAGGCUGACAUCAAGAUAGAGGAAUUAGAUAAAGCAAUAAAUAAAUUAUCUUCAGGAAAAUCUCCAGGUCCUGAUGGCCUUACUUCCGAAUUUUAUAAAUUUUUUAGGGAAGAUUUGAGGGAACUAUUAUUUCAAGCCUUUCUCGAAUGUAUCCAAAAUAAUUCACUAUCUUCAACCAUGAAACAAGGUCUAAUUACUCUUAUCCCCAAACCGGGUAAAGAUGCACGACAUAUAGAUAAUCUUCGCCCCAUCACUUUACUCAACUGUGAUUAUAAAAUUCUAGCGCAUAUAUUUUCCAGUAGGCUCAAGAAAAAUAUAGAUCAAAUAAUUAGUGAAUCACAGUCUGGUUUUAUAAAAGGUAGGUCAAUACAUAAUAACAUCAGAUUGGUUUUAGAUAUUUUAGAUUAUCGUGAAUAUAUUGAAGAUGAAGGCUAUAUUCUCUUUUUAGAUUUUAAAAAGGCAUUUGACACAGUCGAACAUAAUUUCAUAUUUAACUCCCUCGAAAAAUUUGGUUUUGGCAUGAAAUUUAUUUCUUUCAUAAAAAUGUUAUAUAAAGACAUCAAUAGUUCUAUAUCCCUUUCAUUUGGAACAUCCCAGAGAUUCAAUAUUUCGCGAGGAAUAAGACAAGGAUGUCCCAUUUCCCCUUUUCUAUUUAUCUUGGCAGUAGAAAUGCUUGCUAUCUUGAUAGAUAAAAAUAGCAACUUUGAUCGACUUAGUGUAUUUGGAAGACAAAUUGGUAUAAGUCAAUUAGCGGAUGAUACAGCGAUCUUUUUAAAGGACCAAUUUCAGAUUAAUAAAGCUAUUCAACUAGUUAAUCUAUUUUCCAAAGCAUCAGGCCUACACUUAAACUUGAACAAGUGUGAGUUACUUGCAAUUCAUGGCAGCGAUUUAGACUCUUUAUGUAACAUACCCAUAAAAACAUGUGUAAAAUAUUUGGGGAUAACUAUUACUAGAGAUAGUAAUCAAAGUGUCCAAGAAAAUUUUGUUAAAAAUCUUUCAAAAGCAAAAGCAAUUCUCAAUAACUGGCUACAAAGAGAUAUCUCGAUAUUUGGAAGAGUCUUAUUGACUAAAAUGGAAUUACUCUCCAGGUUCGUUUAUCCAGCCUCCUCCUUAGCUAUCCCGCCUCAUUUACUGAAAGAAUGUAAUAUUGCUUUGUUUAAUUUUAUCUGGAAGAAUAAGCAUCACUAUAUCAACAAAAAUGAUUUAGUUCACAAUUAUGAAGAAGGGGGAUUAAAUGUUAUUGAUUUAGAAAUAAUGAAUAGUGUUUUGAAAACUCAGUGGUUAAGAUCAUUUCUUUGUAAUUCAAACUGCUUAUGGUUCAUCGUAUCUUCUUCAAUAUUUGGGAAAGUAGGUGGCUUGGAGUUUUUGAUUAGAUGUGACUUUAAUAUAUCCAAAUUACCUCUUAAAUUGUCUGCAUUUCACCAACAAGUUCUCCUAUGUUGGAAAUUAGCAUUUUCUCACAAUUUUAGUCCACACAAAACUUGUAUUUGGAACAAUCGUUUUAUUUUGCACCAUAACAAAUCUUUAUUUUAUGAAAACUGGUUUCAAUAUAAUAUUCUUUCCCUAUUGGACAUGACAGACAGUUAUGGAAAUGUUCUCAAUUACAAGGAUUUCUGUUUAAAACAUGGAUUUGCAUGUCAUCCUAAAGAGUUUUACAGUGUUGUAAAUGCCAUACCCAAAAACAUGGUAUUAUUAGUAAAAGGGAUUCUUUCACAUUACUCUGUAACAUUCUCUCUCCCAUCUCCUUGUCUGGGUGAAUUGGUUAUUAGAGAUCAUAAAUGUAAUAACAAAUAUAUUAGAAAUGUCUUCAUUAAUAAACUUCAUCCAAAUAGAAUAAAACGAUAUUAUGUUUUCAAAGAAUUUAACCCUAAAGAGGUGAAGGAAAUGAGAAUGAAUUAUCUUACCUUUCCAAGUCUCCCUAAAGUGAAAGAGCUUCAUUUUAAAAUAAUAAAUGAUAUAUACCCAUCUAAGGAGCUUAUCAAAUCAAAAUUUGAUAUUGGAGAAAACUCUUGUCAAUUCUGUGAUGGUGAUAUUGAAACCACUGAACAUAUUUUUUUUUAUUGUGAUUACUCAAAGUUGUUUUGGGCUCAAUUGUGCAGUAAAAUGUCAUGUAUAAUUACAUGGAUAAAUCCCCUUGAAUACAAACAAAUUAAGUUUGGUGUACUUAAGAAAGAUUACUCACAACAUUACUUGAUUAACAACCUUUUUGAUGUUGCUAAAUAUUUCAUUCAUAAAUGCAGAUUUCUGAAAACCCCUCCAUCCUUUCCUCACUUCUCUAAUGAACUCAAACUUUUUGCUGCUUCUCUUGAUGCUCUCUCAAAUGAAAAAGCUACUGCAGUUGCCAACUUCUUCAGUGAACUAAGUGCUCAAUAACUACUUGCUACCCCUUGUAAGAAAUUAGUUAUCUAUAAUUGCUCUUUUAUUUUAUUUUAUUUUUUUAUUUAAUUAUUAUUUAUUUAUUUAUUUAUUUUUUGUGUUUUUUUUUUAUUUUAUUUAUUUAUUCCUUUUUGUUAUUCGUGAUUGUGCAUUUAAUGUAUUACAUCACUAUUACAUAUUGUAUUUGCAACUAUGUCUGCCUCGAAGAAUUGUUAAUAUUGUUUAUUCUGUACCUGUUUUGUAUGUACAUUUGUUUGCUAAUAAAAAAAAAAAAAAAAAAAAAAAAAAAAAAAAAAAAAAAAAAAAAAAAAAAAAAAAAAAAAAAAAAAAAGGAACGA